GAAGGGAAAGGAAGGGAAGAGGCGGAGGAGGAGGCCGAGCGUGGCGGCUCUCGGGGAAUCACUCCAAGUCCAGGUCCUGGCUGCGCGCCUGUCCGGAGAAAGAUUCAAUCGCGGGGCCGUCCCGAGCGGCGGCUGGAAAGGGAUGUCGGCUGCUCCAUCGCCUCCACCCUGAACCCCGGGAAUGCAACUUCGGCCCCAGGGCCCUUGCACUCGGCCGCCACCAUGCCACGGGUCCCCUGUCUGCUCCCCUGUCUGCUCGGGCUCUGCGCGCUCGUGCCGGGACUCGCAGGCCUCAACAUCUGCACUAGUGGAAGUGCCACCUCUUGUGAAGAAUGUCUCCUUAUCCACCCCAAGUGUGCCUGGUGCUCCAAAGAGGACUUCGGCAGCCCAAGGGCAAUGAUGUCCCGAUGUGACCUGAAGACAAACCUGGUGCGCAACGGCUGCGGAAGCAAGUUGGAGAGCCCAGCUAGCAGCACGCAGGUUCUGCGGAAUCUGCCCCUCAGCACCAAGGGCUCCAGCCCCUCGGGCUCUGAUGUCAUUCAGAUGACCCCCCAGAAGAUGGCCAUGAGCCUGCGACCCGGGGACAAGACAGCCUUCCAACUACAAGUUCGGCAAGUAGAGGAUUAUCCUGUGGACUUGUACUACCUAAUGGACCUCUCCCUGUCCAUGAAGGAUGACCUGGACAGUAUCCGGAACCUUGGCACUAAGCUGGCAGAGGAAAUGAGGAAACUCACCAGCAAUUUCCGGCUGGGCUUUGGGUCCUUUGUAGACAAGAACAUUUCUCCUUUCUCUUACACAGCACCGAGGUACCAGACCAACCCAUGCAUUGGUUACAAGUUGUUUCCAAACUGCCUCCCCUCCUUCGGCUUCCGCCACCUGCUGCCCCUCACAGACAGAGUCGACAGCUUCAAUGAAGAAGUUCGGAAGCAGAGGGUGUCCCGGAACCGCGAUGCCCCUGAGGGAGGCUUUGACGCAAUACUACAGGCUGCUGUGUGCAAGGAGAAGAUUGGCUGGCGGAAGGAUGCGCUGCACUUGCUGGUGUUUACCACAGACGACGUACCCCACAUCGCACUGGAUGGCAAGCUGGGGGGUCUGGUGCAGCCACAUGAUGGCCAAUGCCACCUGAACGAGGCCAAUGAGUAUACAGCAUCCAGCCAGAUGGACUAUCCAUCCCUUGCCUUGCUUGGAGAGAAACUGGCAGAGAACAACAUCAACCUCAUUUUUGCAGUGACGAAGAACCAUUACAUGCUCUACAAGAAUUUUACAGCCUUGAUCCCUGGAACAACAGUGGAGAUUUUACAUGGAGAUUCCAAAAAUAUCAUUCAGCUGAUUAUCAACGCAUACAAUAGCAUCCGAUCAAAGGUAGAGCUGUCGGUGUGGGAUCAACCAGAGGAUCUGAACCUCUUCUUCACUGCUACCUGCCAAGAUGGUAUAUCCUACCCUGGUCAGAGGAAGUGUGAGGGCCUGAAGAUCGGGGACACGGCAUCCUUUGAGGUGUCAGUGGAGGCGCGGAACUGCCCAAGCGGGCCCACAGAACACAGAUUCACCCUGCGACCUGUGGGGUUCCGGGACAGCCUAGAGGUGGGUGUGACCUACAACUGCAAGUGCAGCUGCAGCUUUGAGUCCCAGCCGGACAGUGUCCAGUGCAGCGGGAACGGGACAUUUGUGUGUGGCCUGUGCGAGUGCAACCCCAACCACCUUGGCACCAGGUGUGAGUGCCAGGAAGGUGAGAGUCCACGAGUGUUCCAGAACCUGUGCCGGGAGGCAGAAGGCAAGCCACUAUGCAGCGGACGAGGUGAGUGCAACUGCAACCAGUGCUCCUGCUACGAGAGUGAGUUUGGGAAGAUCUACGGACCUUUCUGCGAGUGUGACAACUUCUCCUGCGCCAGGAAUAAAGGAGUCCUCUGCUCAGGUCAUGGUGAAUGUCACUGUGGAGAAUGCAAGUGCCAAGCAGGUUACAUUGGGGACAACUGUAACUGUUCAACGGAUACCAGCACCUGCUGGGCCAAGAAUGGCCAGAUCUGCAGUGGCCGCGGACACUGUGUCUGUGGGCAGUGUCAGUGCACAGAGCCGGGAGCCUUUGGGGAGACAUGUGAGAAGUGCCCUACCUGCCCUGAUGCCUGCAGCAGCAAGAGAGAGUGUGUGGAUUGUUUGCUGCUACACUCCAGAAAUCCAGCUGACAACCACACCUGUCAGGCUCCAUGCAAGGAUGAGGUGGUCACGUGGACAGAUGCCAUUGGGAAAGAUGACCAAGAGGCAGUGCUUUGCUUCUACAAAACUGCUAAAGACUGUGUCAUGCUGUUCACCUAUGCAGAGCUCCCCAGUGGGCGGACCAAUCUGACAGUCCUCAGGGAACCAGAAUGUGGAACCGCCCCCAAUGCCAUGACCAUUCUACUGGCCGUGGUAGGCAGCAUCCUGCUGGUGGGGCUUGCUCUACUGGCCAUCUGGAAGCUUCUUGUCACCAUCCAUGACAGGAGAGAGUUUGCCAAGUUCCAGAGCGAGAGAUCCAGGGCCCGCUAUGAAAUGGCCUCCAACCCGCUGUACAGAAAACCCAUCUCCACACACACCGUGGAUUUCACCUUCAACAAGUUCAACAAAUCCUACAAUGGGACUGUGGACUGAGUGCUGCCCUGCCCAAGGCCAGAGACAGAUGAUGCAAAGUCAGAGACUGAUACUCCGGGUAGACCAGUGGAGAUAAACUUCCAGAGACUGGGAGAGGAACCCACUGCAGACACAGCACAGAACAGCACAGCAGCAGGCUGAAGCCUGCUCCAAGCCUAGGACAGGCAAGGGGACAUGGCUCCUCUCAGCAUCUGCGACCACAUGCAGCUUGUUAUCUCCAGGACCUGCUGAGACACAGGGCUGAGCUCCCUUCCAGCCCAUCUGAAACAGAAUUCCUAGGAGUGCUCAAGCCGAUCAAAACAGGACACAUCUUUUCCAGGGGUUCAUUUUAUAAUAAGAAAUUAAGAUGGUACAAUUAUGGUCGUAGUAGCCACUGAGCCUUGUCCAUCUCAUGUCCAGGAUGGCUUGUGGGUGUAGGUGGUGGGCUGAGAUGCUGUGAAAGGCAGAUGUAGUUUCUACAUGACUG